ACCUUGGCAAUAUCUCCAAUCCAGAAAUAUAAAGGACGCAACAACAUCAAGCGUUAACAUCAAACACUUCGAAAACUCUCUUCCAUCCAACAUUUAAUCAAUAACAAUUCGCCAUGAAAUACAGCUUCGCCAUUCCUGCGCUUGCGACUCUCUUCCUUUCCGUUCAGGCUACUCCAGCCGCUGUUCCGGAGCUUCAUGGGCUAGAGUCUAGGGCUGUCGUCUCUUGUACUGUCAAUGGCGGACCAACUGCCAGUUGCUGCACCGGGAGUCUUACUCGAUACGGGUGUGCGACCACUAAUACCAAUCAAUGUUCUCCAGUUGGUACCACGCCCUGCGGCUCUAUCGUGCAAAUCUACUGCUACCAGUUUGGAGAAGCCGUUAAUGGAAACUCUAUGUGGUACCGUCUGAAUCCAACUUCGAAUGGCAUGAUGCCUGCCUCUUUCUUUUCCUCUUGCACUGGAAUCUCUCCGUGCUAGACAAGGCGCGGAUCUAUUGCGCUAGUCGAUGGGUACGGGCAUAACUUGGGGAUCAUAAGAGCAAGCGACGGAUCGAAGCCACCGGAUAGCAUAACAAACGAACCUUUGCAUGAAUAAACUAUGUAGAUUUCAGAUAUGGCACUUGUUGAUAAUUAAGUCGGGUGAUGCCAUGUUCUGGUACCCAAUGUCCGUGGGGUGGAUUCUGUCGGGAC